AUGGGGUGGACACGUCCAUCCAUCAGGGCUUCUGCCGUGAUCUGGCUGUGGCUGACUUGCAUCGCAAUACCCAUAAAUGCAGCUGAUUAUUGCAAGACCACGAGUGUCGUCAGCGGCGAUACCUGCGCUAAUCUGGUGCAGCGAUGUGGGAUUUCGUCUGAUGACCUCCUCAAAUACAACGUGGACAACCUAUGUUCCACGCUUCGCCCUGGCCAAAAGGUUUGCUGCUCGGCGGGGGACUUGAAACCUCAUAAGUCUGAUAGCGGCACGUGCUAUACCUAUACCAUAAAGGACAAGGACACAUGCUACGAUAUCGGUCUCCAAUACAGUCUGACCAACGCAGAAAUUGACAAUUUCAAUGACAAAAUUACUUGGGGAUGGACCGGCUGUGAUGGCGGCUUAGUCGUUGGUCUGAACAUGUGUCUGAGUUCGGGCUACCCACCUGCCCCUUCGCCUUUGAAGAACGCCAUCUGUGGCCCUCAGGUACCCGGCAAGACGUUCAGUGGGACUGUUCAGAGUGCCGAUGACCUUGCCAAACUAAACCCAUGCCCUCUCAACGCGUGCUGCAACAUUUGGGGCCAGUGCGGUAUCGACGGCGAUUUCUGCAAGAAGGCGCUGGGCCCUUCUGGCAACCCCGGCACCUCGCCCAAGGGCACCAACGGCUGCAUCUCUAACUGCGGCACCGACAUCAUCAAUAAUGACUCCCCGCCUUCCGAGUACAAGCGGAUUGGAUACUAUGAAGCUUUCAACUGGGACCGCAAGUGUCUGCACAUGCGCGCUGAGUGGUCGAACACGCUCGGCUACACGCACAUGCAUUGGGCUUUCGGUACUGUGAAUCCCGACUAUUCCAUUUUUAUCAACGACUCAGCUCAGCAGUGGAAGGGUUUCAUGGGCCUCAAGGACACAAAGAAAAUUGUGUCUUUUGGGGGCUGGGGCUUCUCUACGGACCCUGGGACGUACCAGGUGCUCCGAGACGCCAUGUCCGACGCCAACCGUGCAAAGUUCGUGUCCAAUCUUGUCAACUUUGCUGACACAACCGGCAUCGACGGGAUCGACUUUGAUUGGGAAUACCCUGGGGCACCCGAUAUCCCUGGCAUCCCGCCAGGACUUCCAUCGGAUGGCCCCAACUAUAUAGCUACGCUCAAAGCACUCCGGGCAGCACUACCAGAACAGCUCUCAAUCUCCAUUGCCGCGCCAGCCUCUUAUUGGUAUCUCAAGAGUUUCCCUAUCAAGGAUAUGCACCAAUACGUUGACUAUAUUGUUUACAUGGCCUAUGACCUCCAUGGCCAAUGGGAUAUUGGGAAUGAUUGGGCUCAGUCGGGGUGCGAGGAUGGCAACUGCCUCCGAAGCCAUGUCAACGAGACGGAAGUGAGAUUGGCACUGUCUAUGGUCACCAAGGCCGGUGUUCCUGCAGCCAAGGUUAUGGUGGGGGAAUCGAGUUACGGGAGGUCUUUUCACAUGGCUGCUGCUGGCUGCACAGGACCUCAAUGCUUCUACACGGGCACGAACAGCUCAUCCGACGCGAAACCUGGGCGAUGCACUAAUACAGGUGGCUACAUUUCUAAUGCAGAGAUCAACGAGAUCAUCGCCAAGAACAAGAACAUUAAGUCUUGGUACGACGAAGAAACAGGGUCUGAUUACCUGAUCUACGACGACGUCGAAUGGGUUGCGUACAUGACCGACACGACCAAGGAAAGGCGUCGUGAGGCGUGGAAGGACUUGAAUUUCGGAGGCACCAUCGACUGGGCUGUCGACCUCCAGGAGUUUACGACGGCCGACAAGCUCGGUCCUACCGGUGACUACAAUGAGUCGUCUGUUAUCAAUGUGUUUGACCCCGUCAUCUGGAAUUGGGUUAAUCCUGUCAUUGAAGCACCGGUCAGCGCUACUAACAUAUUUGCGCCUUCGCCGUUGGCUACCGUGGUCACCCUUACAGCAUAUACCACCAUCACCCUGCAGUCUGGACAGUCGCUCAGUACCAGCUUCAUCUCUACUGAGUUUGCCAUCUCCGAGGUCAACUUCCAGCCCUUCACCAUCGCGCAGACGGAUACAUCUAAGGGCACGGUUCUUACGUACAUGCCCAUCCCCAGCAUCAACCCAGACCCGAUGAGAAUCCCGGUGCCACCUGGGUGGACCAUGACUUCAGGGGCGGUAGCACCGACGACCAACAUCGUGGGACUGCCGAGUGCCACCAUCACGACCACAACCGAUGCAGGGGGGUUCAUUUUCCUAUACUGGAACCCGACCGUCAGCUACAGCCUGCCAGUCUUCGUUACGCCGAAACCAGUGGCCCCGCCGAAGAUUCCCGAAGACCAGGAAGACCCAGUAGAUCCGGAGCCCCUGGGGGUCGAUGAUUGCAGCGGACCUGGAUGCGAUUCCGGACCGGACUGCAUCGGCGAUGACUGUACCCGAGGCGGAGACUGCGUUGGACUUGCUUGUACCAGAGGAGGACAAUGCAAAGGACCCAAGUGUGUGAGGGGCGGACACUGCGAAGGACCGUCCUGCACCGAGGGUGGCGGUUGUUCAGGAGACUCCUGCGUCGAGGGUGGAGGGUGUAAGGGUGAUCACUGCAACCAGGGCGGUGGCUGUUCUGGAUACAAGUGCAACAGAGGAGGGCAAUGCGUCUCGAACCUCUUCCACAAGUGCAGUUCUGGGAACUGCGAGGGGUCGCGAUGUGAUACAGACACUGGUUGCACUCAGAUCUGGUGUGGAAACCACGUCACUCUCAGCGUCAAGCCAUCCAUUUCUAUCCCGGUUCCUACGCUUCCCACACUGCCAACCGUGGGCCCCAAGCCAACUUGUCGAGUUAACUGCCCGACGCUGGCUCCUUGUCCUGGUGGCGGCACCUCGUGCAACACGCCGUGCAAUCUGAAGAGCUGCCCACCAGGCCGCCUACCCACGGCCAGGGGCUGCACCAGCUUCACGACGGCGCAAGACUGCACUGUCGUGGUGAGCAGCACCGCGGUGCAGACGAAGCCCACGACGAGCUGGUCAACGACAUCUCGCACCCACUGCGACACCAUGAUUGCCUGCGACGCCACGGGCAUGACGGUGACGAGGACCCUGACGACCAGCGCGGACGCAGGCCCGACGGCCGAUCCCGCGGGCUACUACGACUACUGGGAUGGAAACGGCUACGAUGAUCCCAACAUGUACGGCCCCAUGGAGGCUUACUACAGCGACUGGAUCGCGAGCGCGGAAGCAACUACAACAAAGAAAGACCCGCCUCCGCCUCCUACCACCACUACUACGCAAGUGGUUACGCACACUCCCCAGGCAGAUUGCGCAUUCUGGGGUGAGGGUUACGACAUGGGCGUCAUGAUCUACAAUAUCCGCGGAGGCUGGGCAGACGAAGACCACGGUGCGGAGCUCAAGAAGCAGGAAGGUGGCUGUCAAAAAGUGACGGACUGGGACUGGCACGACGGGAAUGAUGAUAUGUAUGCCUACGUGUACUUCUACCUCGAACCGGGCGUCGUCAAGGCCGGCUGCGUCGAGCGCGCCAUCUCCACGGCCAAGGGACCCAAACUCUCCUGCGAGGAUCAAGGCUACGGUAACAAACCUGACCUUGCAAAGGGCUCAGGUAAGAAACGUGGCCUAGCCAUAGCCGCGAAUGGCUCUUCGACCACUCGCCCAGCUUCCCUCUCCACAUACACGCCCAUGGUCUGGUCGGACGCGGUGAAUACUCACAAUCCCAUUACCAAGGAGAUCCCCACGAGGAGAGUAACGACCAUAACCAUCCAGGAGCCGGAGGAACCCAGCCCACGUGUGCUAGGAAAGAGAGCGCCCACACUCAUUACCCUGCCAAAGCCCACCACCACAGGCGCGCCCUUCUUCAGUUCCUACACUCCAUAUGUACCCACGACCUGGGACGACACGUCGGCCGUCUACACUGAGACCCUAACUCUGACCAUCACACUCAACGAGACUACUACAAGUGCCACUACGGCGGCAAGUUCGAUACCAACCACCUUACCCAGUGACAAGAGCAGCCCAGAUGGCACUUGUGGUGGCACGACCGGUUACUUUUGCCAGGGUUCAACAUACGGAGACUGCUGCAGCUCGAGCGGCUACUGCGGCACCUCGGCCGACCAUUGCGUCGUAGGCUGCCAGCCCAACUUCGGCAACUGCACGUCGACCGACGUCUCGCCUGAUGGCACCUGCGGUGGCGCACAGGGCUACAAGUGCGCAGGCUCAGGCUUCGGUGACUGCUGCUCCUCAUCCGGGUGGUGCGGCAACGACAGCGGUCACUGCAGCGCCGGAUGCCAGACGGCGUUCGGCACAUGCAGCCCGAGCUCCGGAGGGAGCGGAAAGACGGUGUCGCCUGACGGGAGCUGCGCCGGCACGAACGGCUACACGUGCACCGGCUCGGGCUUCGGGGACUGUUGCUCGCCGUAUGGCUGGUGCGGCAGCAGCGACGGUCACUGCGCCCUCCCCGGCUGCCAGACGGAGUUCGGGACGUGCCCGGGCGCCCCCGUCGUCUCGUCCGACGGCGCGUGCGGGGCCGGAGUCGCGAACAACGGCGCCGCCCAGACCUGUGCCGGAUCCACGUUGGGAGGGUGCUGCUCGUCCAGCGGAUACUGCGGCACCGGGGUGGACCAUUGCGCUCAGGGGUGCCAAACACCGUUCUCCGACUCCUGCCUCACGACUGACGUCCCCUCGUUAGACGGAUCUUGUGGCCCGUCCAACGGAGGGUAUACUUGUAAGGGCGGCCCCUUUGAUGGACAGUGCUGUGGUGCGAGUGGCUACUGUGGUACUACGAGUGGGCAUUGCGGCAGUGGUUGCCAGGGAGGUUUCGGCAAAUGUUCAUAG